AUGACUAACAAUACUAGACAACAAAAACGACAUAUUAUGAUAAGUUAUAAUCGUUCAUCAAUUAAAAUAUGUCGAAAAAUCUAUCAUCGACUUGUAGAAAAAAAUUAUAAAGUAUGGAUGGAUCUUGAACAUAUGUUUGAUGAUAUACUUGUUGCAAUGGCACAAGCAAUUGAGAAUUCAUAUAUUGUUCUUCUUUGUAUUAAUCAGCAAUAUUAUGAAAGUGAUUAUUGUCGAUUAGAAGCUGAAUAUGCAGCUGAAAAUCGAAUUAAAUUUAUUCCAUGUUUAAUGGAAAACGAAUUUCGUCCUAAAAGUUGGUUAGGUUCAAAUUUUCAUAUUGAUUUUUCAUUACCGAAUGAUUUUGAUCAAUCAUUUGAACGAUUAAUUCGUCAGAUUACUUAUAUUGAAAAACAAUUAUCUUUACAACCUCGUCGUACUCCUGCUCCAAAUUCAAUGAUAAAUCCAAUGAUAGCAGCAUCAGCAUCCAUUCCAAUAAUAACCGAUAAUGUUAAUUUAUAUAAAUUUGAUUCAAUUAUACAUGAAUAUAAAAGAACAAUAAAUAAGACAAAAUAUCAUUUAAAUGAAUUAAAUCGAAAUGAAUUAUGUGAACUUAUUCGUAAAAUUCGUCAAGAAUUAUUUAAUGAAAAAACAAAAACAUUAUUAACUAUUGAACAAUCAAAUGACGAAGAUUAUAAAGAAUUUUUACAACAAUUUGUUGAUCAAAAACUUAAACAAAAUGAAUUAUUAUUAAAAUUAAUUGAUGAUUUAACAGGACAACAAUCUAUAGAACAACAUAGAAGACAUAAUUUUAAUGUCGAUAGUAUACUAAAAGUACUAGUGGGUAUUAUGCUUCUAUGGACAUUAGUUUUAUUUUGUCACAAAUGA